AUGAGCAAUACAGAUUUCCUCGGACGGGCUAUAGAUACCGUGAAAAAGGCCAUCGAACAUGAUAACGCUGGCGAAUAUGAGAAAGCUUACCAGACAAAAGACGACGACGACGAAGAUGCCGAAGCGAAAAAGCUGCGGGCUGCCCUGGCUGGAUCUAUCUUAUCUGACAAACCAAAUGUUAAGUGGGAGGAUGUUGCUGGUCUCGAUCAGGCGAAAGAAGCCCUCAAAGAGGCGGUUAUUAUGCCCAUGAAAUUCCCCCAUCUCUUCACAGGCCACAGACAGCCGUGGAAGGCUAUAUUACUUUAUGGGCCACCGGGAACUGGAAAAUCGUACCUCGCCAAGGCAGUAGCUACGGAAGCGAAUAGCACGUUUUUCAGUGUGAGCAGUAGUGAUUUGGUCUCGAAAUGGAUGGGUGAAAGUGAAAGGCUCGUCAAGCAACUUUUCAAUAUGGCUCGUGAGAGCAGGCCGGCGAUUAUAUUCAUCGAUGAGGUGGAUGCUCUUUGCGGUCCUCGUGGUGAAGGAGAGUCAGAAGCCUCCCGUCGUAUAAAGACAGAAUUGCUCGUUCAAAUGCAAGGCGUUGGCAAGGAUUCUGAAGGAAUCUUAGUACUCGGAGCCACAAACAUUCCCUGGCAAUUAGAUAUGGCUAUCAGGCGACGGUUCCAACGAAGAGUUCACAUCGGUCUUCCAGAUGUUCGGGCAAGGGUGAAGAUGUUCAUGCUAAAUGUUGGAAGCACACCGUGCCAGCUGACCAAUGCGGAUUACCGACAACUUGCUGAAAUGAGCGAAGGAUACUCUGGAAGUGAUAUCAGCGUAGUCGUUCAAGAUGCACUCAUGCAACCUAUCCGCAAAAUUCAAACUGCGACGCAUUAUAAAAAGGUAAUUGUGGACGGGCAGGAAAAGCUCACACCAUGUUCUCCAGGCGACAAUGGGGCCAUGGAAAUGACAUGGGUGGACAUCGAUUCGGAUAAACUCCUCGAGCCACCCCUUCUACUUAGAGAUUUCAUCAAGGGCGUUGAAGUCUUCGCGCCCCACCGUGAGCGAAGAAGAUUUAAAGAAAAAUAA